GACUGAAAGGAGACGCUUAGAACUAAAAUCUGGCAUACUGGAAAUGCCGAUACAGCGUCCCCAAGUUAUCCUGCAGCCAGCCAUGUACACGAAUGCCGUAUCGACCUGAUCACUACGAAACACAGCCGCACGCAAUAUUUACGCAGAUCUCCACAGGGGCCUUGCAUACUCACGCACAUCGUCAUUGGCUUUCGGCGAUCAACACAAGCAGAUAUUCGGGCUGGGCGCUUUCGGACCACUCCUUGCCCGUGGAAUCUGGGCUACGCCUCAGCUUACCACCCACACCUUGCCAGCUCGCCCUGGCACCCAGUCGGCCGCUCCCCUAGCUAGGUGCUUGAUUCCAUUAUAGAGCCAGCAGCUCCUGCACCAAGCGGAGCGACUCUUGUCGAGAUGGACCCUCCUCCUGAGUAUCGAUUUUCAUUACCUCCAUAUUGCAUGGCCAACCGCACAUAUCGAACAACGAGAACUGGGGACGUCAUGGAUGAACGUCUGCCUGGAAACAGCAACGUGAAGCGGUGGGACGGCGCUGCACGGGCAUGCGCCGAUUGGGAUAGCCUCCGUCGUGAUCCCGAACUGUGGUUUCGAGGUGGGAAUUGCUUCGUUCACCUCUAUGGAAAGGGCCAGUCUCGACGCGGCCCAGCAUUCAAGGUGCCGUUUGGUGGCUUGCUGUCGGCCAAAUGCCACCCGUUGAUCCAAAGAUUCAUCGCGCGCGACAUGCCUGAGUCGCCCGGAUCUCUCUUUGACCCGUACGAUGACCUUGAUCAAUGGCAUUAUCUGAACCCUACCCGCAAAGUUGAUCUCUACAUUCCAGCACCGCCUGCAGCCAAUAAGCAGGACGCAUUCCUCUACCAUUUGGCAACCCGCAACCUAUUCGCUUGGGUUUUCAAUCGUUCGGUUGUCGGGGAUCACUUGGGUACCGCCCUGAUCAACCUGCUGAGCAGCAUGUCUGAAUUCAGGAACGAUGAUGAGGAUCACGUCGGUGACCUAUUGGAUUAUCUGGACGAAGAAGGAUAUCUCGACAUACGCAACCAGCCCAUCCACGCACUCGCCCUGCUGAGAAUGGCUGAGACAUUUCAGAUCAGAGACAUUUUCACUGAUGCGUUCUGCCACUGCGUUGGAAUGAGUGACCGUUUGCCCUCAACCCCAGAGUGGCAGCUUGUCAGUUCACCAACAAGACGAUCUAUCCGACGCGCAAAAGCCGACAUGGACGCCAGACUCAACAAAGCCAGCUCGAUGCUGCGUACCUUUCUCGAAGACGAGCUUUCUGAAACUCAUCUAGGCCUCCCUGCUGGAGGUCGAGCUCACAUGGAGCGAUUCCGCUCUUUCCUUCUCUCUUUUUACAGCACCAAGCUCGGAUACUAUCCGCCAACGCCGGCCGAUGGCCGGAGCUCAGCAUUUGAGCCCGAGAUCUAUCGCAUCAUGUGCGACGAUUUUGAGGCGCUAUACGAACUGCUUGUAAACGACAACUUUACUUCAGCCGGAAGCAUCCCACUCCUUGCUCAAGGCGGCAUCUGCGCGGUUCAGAGUGUCCACGCCUUCGAUGCUCGCUACGAUUUCAAGUCUCUCGACCACCCCCUGCCGCUGCUUCCUGAAGUUCCGACAACGCCCACCAGCCGGAGGAUCCCGUGGCUGUCACGCAGUGAUAAGCUCAAGCCCGACAAUCGACUCGUCCUACAUGCCGCCCAGGUCAAGGCUUCGAACCACGGCAAAGUCGACAUAUUGCGGAACGAUCUCGUGCGCGCCUAUCGCAAGUUCGAGGAGCAAUCCGUGGCGCCUCUCACCAAGGUGGACCGCAAUGAAAAGAUCAGCCUGGUAGACGUGCGAAAGGUGCGAUGGAUUCUGGUAUACGCCAUUUACCAGGUGCUCCGCAACUGCACCGACGUUCCCGAUGAGGUCAACGACAUUGAUGCGGACUACAACCUGGCCGUGUCGCCGGAUUACCUCCCUUCUUGGAACGAGGAAAAUGGAGUCCUCGGCUACCAAUCCAACAGCACCAGUGCUAUCUCAUCUUCCGCAGUUUCCAUGUGCAGUCCGAGUGCAAUGGCGACGCCGACCGAGUUCAAGAUUGAGCCGGACAUCGACUACUUCACCAUUCACCGCGACGAAGAGAAAAAGGAGAACAGAAGAUCAAUGAUAUCUCGUGUUAAGAGCACGCCUCCUCGUGCCCUGAGCAUUGGCAAAAGUAUUUCGCGGAAUAGCACUAUUCGGCGGUCCAUUAACACCAUCGCCGAUCUUGAUGAUUCCCCAGGGUUCCACGGCAGCUAG